AUGGGUGUCGGCCGGAAGAAGCUGGUCCCUUUCUGGGUCCUAGUUCUGGCCUUGGCCUGCAGUCAGCACACAGGCCAGGCUCACCAGGACGCUCUGACAUCUGACCACGAGCACAACUCUGAUCGCUCUCUCCUUCAAGGCCAUGGUGGUGCUGCCCUCCAUGGAGUGACCAUCAUUCCACCUCUGCAGACCAUCCCUGUGGUACGAGCCCUCAACCCAGCACAUACAGGGAGGGUGUGCAGCACAUGGGGCGACUUCCACUACAAGACCUUUGAUGGCCAAGUCUUCCGCUUCCCUGGCCUCUGCAACUACGUGUUCUCUGCACACUGUGGGGCUGCCUACGAGGACUUCAAUAUCCAGCUCCGUCGUGGCUGGGAGUCUAAUUCCACCACUCUGAGCAGCGUCACCAUGAAGCUUGAUGGCCUAGUUGUUGAGCUGACCAAGAACUCCGUAUUAGUCAAUAACCACCAGGUCCAGCUGCCCUUCAGCCAGUCUGGGGUCCUCAUCGAGCUCGGCAGUAGAUACCUGAAGGUGGUAGCCAGGCUGGGGCUGGUCUUCUUGUGGAAUGACGAUGACAGUCUUCUGCUGGAGUUGGACACCAAAUACACCAACAAGACUUGUGGUCUCUGUGGAGACUUCAAUGGCAGCCCAGAGUCCAGCGAGUUCCUCUCCCACAAUGUUAGGCUGACACCCCUUGAGUUUGGGAACCUCCAGAAGAUGGAUGGACCCACAGAGCAAUGCCAGGACACCCUGCCUGUGCCUCAGAAGAACUGUUCUACCAGAUCUGGCAUCUGUGAGGAGAUCCUGAAAGGUCCGCUGUUCUCGGACUGUGCGGCCCUGGUGGAUAUCAGCAGCUACCUGGAGGCUUGCCGGCAGGACCUCUGUCUCUGUGAGAGCCCUGACGUGUCCAGCUGCAUCUGCCAUACCCUGGCUGAGUACUCCCGGCAGUGCGCCCAUGCUGGAGGACAGCCCCAGGACUGGCGGAGUCCCAACCUCUGCCCCCAGACGUGCCCCCCCAACAUGCAGCACCAGGAAUGUGGCUCGCCCUGUGUGGACACCUGCUCCAACCCCCAGCGUUCCCAGGUCUGUGAGGACCACUGUGUUGCAGGAUGCUUCUGUCCAGAGGGGAUGGUGCUUGAUGACAUCAACCAGACUGGCUGUGUCCCUGUAUCCCAGUGUGCCUGCGUGUACAAUGGGACACCUUACGCACCGGGCACCAAUUACUCUACUGACUGCGCCACCACAUGCUCUGGAGGUCGGUGGAGCUGCCAGGAGGUCCCAUGCCCUGGCACCUGCUCAGUGCUGGGAGGCUCCCACUUCUCCACAUUUGAUGAAAGACAGUACACAGUGCAUGGGGACUGCAGCUAUGUGCUGAGCAAGCCCUGUGACAGCAAUGUUUUCACUGUGCUGGCUGAACUGCGAAAGUGUGGACUGACUGACAGCGAGACUUGUCUGAAGAGUGUGAUGCUGAGCCUGGGCGGGGGCCAAACGGUGGUCAUGGUGAAAGCCACUGGAGAGGUCUUUGUGAACCAGAUCUAUACCCAGCUGCCAGUGUCGACAGCUAAUGUUACCAUCUUCCGGCCUUCAACCUUCUUCAUCAUUGCCCAGACCAACCUGGGUCUGCAGCUUGAGAUCCAGCUGGUGCCCAUCAUGCAGGUGUUUGUGCAGCUGACCCCUGAGUUCAGAGGGCUAACCUGUGGGCUCUGUGGGAAUUUCAACAGUAUCCAGGCAGAUGACUUCCAGACCAUCAGUGGUGUUGUGGAGGGCACAGCAGCUGCCUUCUUCAACACCUUCAAGACCCAGGCAGCUUGUCCCAAUGUCAAGAAUAUCUUCGAGGACCCCUGCUCGCUCAGCGUGGAGAAUGAGAAAUAUGCUCAGCACUGGUGUUCUCAGCUGACCGAUGCCAGUGGCCCAUUUUCCCAGUGCCACGCCACCGUGAACCCCAGCACCUACUUCUCGAACUGCAUGUUUGACACGUGCAACUGUGAGAAGAGUGAGGACUGCAUGUGCGCAGCCCUGUCCUCCUAUGUGCGUGCCUGUGCUGCCAAAGGCGUGCUACUCAGUGGCUGGAGGGAUGGCGUUUGCACAAAGCCUACAACUACCUGCCCAAAGUCAAUGACCUACCAAUACCACAUCAGCACCUGCCAGCCCACCUGCCGCGCCCUGAGUGGGGAAGAUGUCACCUGCCAUGUCAGCUUCAUCCCUGUAGAUGGCUGCACCUGCCCCAAAGGCACCUUCUUGGAUGAUUCAGGCAAAUGUGUGCAGGCCACCAGCUGUCCCUGCUACCACAGGGGAUCCGCAGUUCCCAAUGGCGAGUCUGUGCAUGACAGUGGGGCCAUUUGCACCUGCACCCAAGGAACACUAACCUGCAUUGGAAGUCCUGCCCUCGCUCCAGUCUGUGAUGCACCCAUGAUCUAUUUUGACUGCCACAAUGCCAUACCUGGAGACACUGGAGCUGGAUGUCAGAAGAGCUGUCACACCCUGGACAUGACCUGUUACAGCUCCGAGUGCGUGCCUGGCUGUGUGUGCCCGGAUGGGUUGGUGGCAGAUGGCAAUGGAGGCUGUGUUGUUAUUGAGGACUGUCCUUGUGUGCACAACGAGGCCACCUACAGGCCUGGGGAGACCAUCAGAGUGGGCUGCAACAAUUGCACCUGUGAGAAUAGAAUGUGGCAGUGCACGGGCAAGCCCUGCCUGGCCACCUGCGCUGUGUAUGGGGAUGGCCACUACCUCACUUUUGACGGGCAGCGCUACAGCUUCAGCGGGGACUGCGAGUACACGCUGUUGCAGGACCACUGUGGUGGGAAUGACAGCUCCCAGGAUGCCUUUCGUGUUGUCACCGAGAAUGUCCCCUGUGGUACCACCGGAACCACCUGCUCCAAGGACAUCAAGAUCUUCCUGGGGAACUAUGAGCUGAAGCUGAGUGACGGCAAGGUGGAGGUGAUCCAGAAGGGUGUGGGGCAGGAGCCCCCCUACUAUGUCCACCGGAUGGGCAUCUACCUGGUGGUGGAAACCGAUGUUGGCCUGGUGCUUCUGUGGGAUGGGAAGACCAGCAUCUUUCUCAGACUCAGCCCUGAGUUCAAGGGCAGGGUCUGUGGCCUGUGUGGGAACUUUGACGACAACGCCAUCAAUGACUUCACCACACGCAGCCAGUCUGUGGUGGGCGAUGUGCUGGAGUUUGGAAAUAGCUGGAAGUUCUCUCCAACCUGCCCGGAUGCCCUGGUGCCCAAGGACCCCUGCACAGCCAACCCUUACCGCAAGUCCUGGGCCCAAAAGCAAUGCAGCAUCAUCAACAGUGCGACCUUCGCCACCUGCCAUGCCCACGUGGAACCGGCCAAGUACUACGAAGCCUGUGUGAGUGAUGCAUGUGCCUGCGACUCAGGGGGCGACUGUGAGUGUUUCUGCACUGCUGUGGCCGCCUAUGCCCAGGCCUGCCACGAAGUGGGAGUGUGUGUGUCCUGGAGGACCCCUGACAUCUGCCCACUGUUCUGUGACUACUACAACCCAGAGGGUCAGUGCGAGUGGCACUACCAGCCAUGUGGUGCCCCCUGCAUGCGCACCUGCCAAAACCCUAGCGGACAGUGCCUACAGGAUCUUCGUGGUCUUGAAGGCUGCUACCCCAAGUGCCCACCAGCGGCCCCCAUCUUUGAUGAGGGCACGAUGCAGUGUGUAGCCAACUGUACAGUCACCCCCUCGCCUCCACCACCACGUCCCUGCCGUGUCAACGGAAAGUUGUACCGACCAGGCACAACAGUACCUUCAGACAAGAACUGUUAUUCCUGCAUGUGCACGGAGAGCGGCGUGCGCUGUGCCCAUGACGCUGGUGCCUGCGUCUGUACCUACAACGGGCAACACUUCCAUCCCGGCGACAUCAUCUACCACACGACAGAUGGCAUGGGAGGCUGCAUCUCUGCACACUGCAGGGCCGACGGUACCAUUGAGAGGACUGUUGACACCUGCAGCCCCAUCACUCCCGCUCCCCCGACCACUUUCUCCUUCUCCACACCGCUUGUCAUGACCUCAAUGAGACCCUCCAGCACACAUCCCGGCAGCACCCUGUCUGUGGAGACCCCUGCCACCGCUUCCACCCUGAGCCCAUCUACGACAGCCUCUACCUCACCCAUGCCAGGGUGCCAAGAGGAGUGCCAUUGGUCUCACUGGAUGGAUGUCAGCCGUCCUGGACGUGGCAUCGACAGCGGCGACUUUGACACCCUGGAGAACCUCCGUGCCCAUGGCCACCAGAUCUGCCAAGUGCCAAAAGCAGUGGAGUGCCGUGCUGAGAAGAGCCCCGAGGUGCCUCUUCACGCACUAGGGCAGCGUGUGGAGUGCAGCACAGCUGUGGGCCUGACCUGUCACAACAGGGACCAGGUGUCAGGGCUCUGUGACAACUACCAGAUCAAAGUUCAGUGCUGUACCCCCAUCAGCUGCCCAACCUCCAGUGCUCCUACCAAGACCACCCAUUCGAUAGCCUCCAGCACAGCUGCGGUGGGGGCCACAACCUCCUCAGCCUCUGUCACCUCGACGGACCACACAGACAGCACAGUUCCCUCAGGUCCCUCUACCCAUGCCCCAGGUCCUUCUCCAUCGUCCUCUGGUUCUUCUUCAUCGGCUCCAGGUCCAUCUACCCCUGCCCCAGUCACUUCUACUACUAUUAAAACAACUCUGUCCACCACUAGCCCAAUGCCAGAGCCAACUCCAGCCACAUCGUCCGCAUCCAGCUCAACCUCAGGGUCCACAGUGGCCUCCUUUGAAACUACCCACCAAUGCAGACAGGAGCGUUGCGGUUGGACUGUUUGGAUAGAUGGCAGCUACCCAGGGUCUGACAGAGACAGUGGAGAUUUUGACACUUUUAGGAACCUGAGAGCCAAAGGAUACAAGUUCUGUGAGAAGCCACGAAAUGUUGAGUGCAGGGCUCAGUUCUUUCCCAACACUCCGCUGGCAGAGCUAGGGCAGAAUGUGACCUGCAACCCAGAGGUAGGCUUGAUCUGUCUGAACAAGGACCAGCUGCCACCCAUUUGCUACAACUAUGAGAUCCGGAUAGAGUGCUGUACGGUCGUGGACCUGUGCUCCACAGCUUCACCCACCACACAUUCCACUGAAGUCAGCGCGAAAACAAAGACAAGCAGGACGACACGCGUGCAUUCCCCUUCCACCAAGGAGACCAGCACUCACUCAGCAACCAUACACACAAAACACUCGACCACAGGCAGUCCACACACAAUCACCCAACCGGUGACCACCCACUGCCAGCCACAGUGCAACUGGACCAAGUGGUUUGACACUGACUUCCCAGUGCCCGGUCCACAUGGAGGGGACCUGGAAACCUACAGCAACAUCCUGAGGAGAGGAGAGAAGAUCUGCCAGCGGCCAGAGGAGAUCACACAGCUGGAAUGCAGGGCUGAGAGCCAUCCUGAGGUGAGGGUGGAGGACCUGGGCCAGGUGGUGCAGUGUGAGCCCAGCGUGGGCCUGGUGUGCAGGAACCGGGACCAGAAGGGCAUGUCCGGGAUGUGCCUCAACUACGAGGUGCGAGUGCUGUGCUGUGGCAUCCCCGAAGGCUGCCCCAGCACCACACGAGCCACUCCUUCCAGCGCCCCAAGUGAGACUGUCACCAGCCCAGUGCCUGGCACUAGGUCUGCUCAUAUAGCAAGCAGUACCUCCAUGCCUCAAACCACGACAACCAUAGUGCAGACGGCCAGUACCACCUCCAGGAAGCCAGCCAGCACCACUUCCAAACCCCAAACCAGCUCAACACCCAUCCGCGAAGCCAGCACCACCUCUACCCCCCAAACCUCAGGGCCCACAGCCAGCACAGCACACACCAGCUCUGUGCAGACAGCAAGCACAACAUCCAUCCCUAAAUCCAGCUCUAACUCCAGGAAGCCAGUCAGCACCACUUCCAAAGCCCAGACUAGCUCAACACCUACGGGAAAGUCCAGGACCUCAUCCACACCCCACACAAGCUCAGCCUCGGGGUCAACAGCCAGCACAGUCCCCAGAACCAGCUCUGCGCAGACAGUCCACACGACAUUGGUGGGAACAAGCAGCACCAGCUCUGUGGCUGGAACCAGCACCACCUCUGUUCCUGUCAGCACCACAGGCCCCGGGCCUCAUGGAGAGGUGACCUCUUCCCCAGUAAGCACCCACUGCCAGCCACAGUGCAACUGGACCAAGUGGUUUGACACUGACUUCCCGGUGCCUGGUCCUCAUGGAGGGGACCUGGAAACCUACAGCAACAUCCUGAGGAGGGGAGAGAAGAUCUGCCACCGGCCAGAGGAGAUCACACAGCUGGAAUGCAGGGCUGGGAGCCAUCCUGAGGUGAGGGUGGAGGACCUGGGCCAGGUGGUGCAGUGUGAGCCCAGCGUGGGCCUGGUGUGCAGGAACCGGGACCAGAAGGGCAUGUCCGGGAUGUGCCUCAACUACGAGGUGCGAGUGCUGUGCUGUGGCGUCCCCGAAGGCUGCCCCAGCACCACACGAGCCACUCCUUCCAGCGCCCCAAGUGAGACUGUCACCAGCCCAGUGCCUGGCACUAGGUCUGUUCAUAUAGCAAGCAGUACCUCCAUGCCUCAAACCACAACAACCAUAGUGGAGACAGCCAGUACCACCUCCACACCCGAAACAAGAUCACCAGCUACAGGAAAAGUCAGCACCACCCUGAAAACCCAGACCAGCUCAACACCUAUCAGGGAAGCCAGCACCACCUCCACAGCCCAAACCUCAGGGCCCACAGCCAGCACAGCGCACACCAGUGGCCCCAGCACCAGCUCUGUGCAGACAGCAAGCACAACAUCCAUGCCUAAAUCCAGCCCCAUCUCCACGAAGCCAGAAAGCACCACUUCCACAACCAAAGCAAGUUCAGUCUCUACAGGAAAAGCCAGCACCAUUUCCACCAGGGGCCCCAGCACCAGCUCUGUGGCUGGAACCAGCACCACCACUGUUCCCCUCAGCACCACAGGCCCCGGGCCUCAUGGAGAGGUGACCUCUUCCCCAGUAAGCACCCACUGCCAGCCACAGUGCAACUGGACCAAGUGGUUUGACACUGACUUCCCGGUGCCUGGUCCACAUGGAGGGGACCUGGAAACCUACAGCAACAUCCUGAGGAGAGGAGAGAAGAUCUGCCAGCGGCCAGAGGAGAUCACACAGCUGGAAUGCAGGGCUGAGAGCCAUCCUGAGGUGAGGGUGGAGGACCUGGGCCAGGUGGUGCAGUGUGAGCCCAGCGUGGGCCUGGUGUGCAGGAACCGGGACCAGAAGGGCAUGUCCGGGAUGUGCCUCAACUACGAGGUGCGAGUGCUGUGCUGUGGCGUCCCCGAAGGCUGCCCCAGCACCACACGAGCCACUCCUUCCAGCGCCCCAAGUGAGACUGUCACCAGCCCAGUGCCUGGCACUAGGUCUGCUCAUAUAGCAAGCAGUACCUCCAUGCCUCAAACCACGACAACCAUAGUGCAGACGGCCAGUACCACCUCCAGGAAGCCAGCCAGCACCACUUCCAAACCCCAAAGCAGCUCAACACCCAUCCGCGAAGCCAGCACCACCUCCACAGCCCAAACCUCAGGGCCCACAGCCAGCACAGCACACAUCAGUGGCCCCAGCACCAGCUCUGUGCCUGGAACCAGCACCACCUCUGUUCCCGUCAGCACCACAGGCCCCGGGCCUCAUGGAGAGGUGACCUCUUCCCCAGUAAGCACCCACUGCCAGCCACAGUGCAACUGGACCAAGUGGUUUGAUACUGACUUCCCGGUGCCUGGUCCACAUGGAGGGGACCUGGAAACCUACAGCAACAUCCUGAGGAGAGGAGAGAAGAUCUGCCAGCGGCCAGAGGAGAUCACACAGCUGGAAUGCAGGGCUGAGAGCCAUCCUGAGGUGAGGGUGGAGGACCUGGGCCAGGUGGUGCAGUGUGAGCCCAGCGUGGGCCUGGUGUGCAGGAACCGGGACCAGAAGGGCAUGUCCGGGAUGUGCCUCAACUACGAGGUGCGAGUGCUGUGCUGUGGCGUCCCCGAAGGCUGCCCCAGCACCACACGAGCCACUCCUUCCAGCGCCCCAAGUGAGACUGUCACCAGCCCAGUGCCUGGCACUAGGUCUGUUCAUAUAGCAAGCAGUACCUCCAUGCCCCAAACCACGACAACCAUAGUGGAGACAGCCAGUACCACCUCCACACCUGAAACAAGAUCACCAGCUACAGGAAAAGUCAGUACCACCCUGAAAACCCAGACCAGCUCAACACCAAUCAGGGAAGCCAGCACCACCUCCACAGCCCAAACCUCAGGGCCCACAGCCAGCACAGCGCACACCAGUGGCCCCAGCACCAGCUCUGUGCAGACAGCAAGCACAACAUCCAUGCCUAAAUCCAGCCCUACCUCCAGGAAGCCAGCCAGCACCACUUCCAAACCCCAAACCAGCUCAACACCUACAGGAAAGUCCAGCACCUCAUCCACACCCCACACAAGCUCAGCCUCGGGGUCAACAGCCAGCACAGUCCCCAGAACCAGCUCUGUGCAGACAGACCACACGACAUUUGUGGGAACAAGCAGCACCAGCUCUGUGCCUGGAACCAGCACCACCUCUGUUCCUACUGUCACCAGCCCAGUGCCUGGCACUAGGUCUGCUCAUAUAGCAAGCAGUACCUCCAUGCCCCAAACCACGACAACCAUAGUGCAGACGGCCAGUACCACCUCCAGGAAGUCAGCCAGCACCACUUCCAAACCCCAAACCAGCUCAACACCCAUCCGCGAAGCCAGCACCACCUCUACCCCCCAAACCUCAGGGCCCACAGCCAGCACAGCACACACCAGUGGCCCCAGCACCAGCUCUGUGCAGACAGCAAGCACAACAUCCAUGCCUAAAUCCAGCCCUACCUCCAGGAAGCCAGUCAGCACCACUUCCAAACCCCACACCAGCUCAGUCUCUACAGAAAAAGCCAGCACCCUUUCCACCAGUACCACCUCCACACCCGAAACAAGAUCACCAGCUACAGGAAAAGUCAGCACCACCCUGAAAACCCAGACCAGCUCAACACCUAUCAGGGAAGCCAGCACCACCUCCACAGCCCAAACCUCAGGGCCCACAGCCAGCACAGCGCACACCAGUGGCCCCAGCACCAGCUCUGUGCAGACAGCAAGCACAACAUCCAUGCCUAAAUCCAGCCCUACCUCCAGGAAGCCAGCCAGCACCACUUCCAAACCCCAAACCAGCUCAACACCUACAGGAAAGUCCAGCACCUCAUCCACACCCCACACAAGCUCAGCCUCGGGGUCAACAGCCAGCACAGUCCCCAGAACCAGCUCUGCGCAGACAGUCCACACAACAUUUGUGGGAACAAGCAGCACCAGCUCUGUUCUCCUCAGCACCACCUCUGUUCCUGUCAGCACCACAGGCCCUGGGCCUCAUGGAGAGGUGACCUCUUCCCCAGUAAGCACCCACUGCCAGCCACAGUGCAACUGGACCAAGUGGUUUGACACUGACUUCCCGGUGCCUGGUCCUCAUGGAGGGGACCUGGAAACCUACAGCAACAUCCUGAGGAGAGGAGAGAAGAUCUGCCACCGGCCAGAGGAGAUCACACAGCUGGAAUGCAGGGCUGAGGGCCACCCUGAGGUGAGGGUGGAGGACCUGGGCCAGGUGGUGCAGUGUGAGCCCAGCGUGGGCCUGGUGUGCAGGAACCGGGACCAGAAGGGCAUGUCUGGGAUGUGCCUCAACUACGAGGUGCGAGUGCUGUGCUGUGGCGUCCCCGAAGGCUGCCCUGAGACCUAUGGGACUGCUCCUGUGACAUCAUCCCACAAGCCCUCAUUUCCAGUUGUGUCACCCUCCUCUGUGCCCACAACCUCACUGUCCAGUUCUAGGGUACCUUCUACCACCACGCCCUGCUUCUGCAGCGUGUCGGGCCGGUUAUACACUUUGGGAUCCAUCAUCUACAACCAGACAGACCUCGAUGGCCACUGUUACUACGCGCUGUGCAGCCAGGAUUGCCAGGUGGUCAGAGGGGUUAGUGCGAGCUGCCCCUCCACCAUGAUGCCCCCGACAUCACCUCUGCCCACAUCUACAUCUCCUGCCCCGCCUGUCCCUGUGAGGGACCGCUGCAAUCUGUUUCCUCCAAGAAUGAAAGGGGAGACCUGGCAUAUGCCUAACUGUUCCCAAGCCACCUGUGAGGGCAACAAUGUUGUCUCUGUGAGCCCACGCCAGUGUCCAGAACUGAAGGCACCAUCUUGUGCCAAUGGCUACCCACCCCUGAAGGUGGAUGACCAGGAUGGUUGCUGCCAGCACUACCAGUGCCAGUGUGUUUGCAGCGGCUGGGGUGACCCCCAUUACAUCACAUUUGAUGGCACCUACUACACUUUCCUGGAUAACUGCACAUAUGUGCUGGUGAAGCAGAUUGUGCCUGUGUUUGGACACUUCCGUGUGCUCAUUGACAACUACUUUUGUGACCUGGGAGACAGUGUUUCCUGCCCGCAGUCCAUCAUUGUCGAGUACCACGAGGACCAUGUGGUGCUGACCCGCAGGCCAGUUGAUGGGGUCAUGACUAACCAGAUCAUCUUCAACGACAAGGUAGUCAGUCCUGGCUUCCAGCAGAACGGCAUUGUCGUCUCCCGUGUGGGUAUCAAGAUGUAUGUUUCCAUCCCAGAGAUUGGUGUCCAGGUUAUGUUUUCAGGCCUCAUCUUCUCUGUCGAGGUGCCCUUCAACUUGUUCGCCAACAACACAGAGGGCCAAUGCGGCACUUGCACCAAUGACAAGAAGGAUGAAUGCCGCCUGCCUGGAGGGGCAAUAGCCUCCUCUUGUUCAGAGAUGUCUCUCCACUGGAAGGUUCCUCACCCUCCCUGCCAAGGGCCUUCGCCAACGCCAACUUCAGUACCCAAGCCUUCACCUACCGUGUGCCCACCAUCGCCAAUCUGUCAGAUCAUCCUAAGCGAAGUCUUCCAGCCUUGCCAUGACGUCAUCCCUCCACUGGCGUUCUAUGAAGGCUGCGUAUUUGACUAUUGCAAUGUGUUGGACUUGGAGGUGGUGUGCUCAGGCCUGGAGCUCUACGCAUCACUCUGUGCAGCCGAAGGAGUGUGCAUCUCCUGGAGAAGCAAGACCAACAACACCUGCCCAUUCACCUGUCCUGCUAACAAAGUAUACCAGCCUUGUGGUCCAUCUACCCCUCACUAUUGUUACAGUAAUGAUGACAUCAGCAGCAGCUUGAUCCUUCAAGAAGCUGGCCCCACCACAGAGGGCUGCUUCUGUCCAGACAACAUGACACUUUUCAGUACUAAUGAUUCAAUCUGCGUGCCUUCCUGCCAAUGGUGUCUGGGGCCUGAUGGGGAACCUGUGGAGCCGGGCCGUACCAUCAGCGUGGACUGCAAGGACUGCACCUGUAAAGACGGCACGCUGACCUGCCAGAGGAAGUUCUGCCCCGAGCCCACCUGUCCAGAACCUGGUUUUGUGCCUGUGCCUGUGGCCCUGGAGGCUGGCCAGUGUUGUCCCAGGUUCAGCUGUGUCUGCAACUCCAGCUACUGCCCCCCUCCUCUGCACUGCCCGGAGAAUUCUAGCCUGGUGGUCACAUAUGAGGAGGGAGCUUGCUGCCCGAGCCAAAACUGCAGCAGUCAGACUGGCUGCGAAGUCAACGGAACUCUAUAUCAGCCUGGUGCUGUGGUCUCCUUCAGCCUGUGUGAAACAUGCUUGUGUGAGGCGUCCAGCAAUCCCCUUUCAGGUGCCUUUGUGGUCAGCUGUGAGGCCGAGCACUGUGACACCGGCUGUGCUAAGGGCUUUGAGUACCAGGACAAGCCAGGGCAGUGCUGCGGCCGGUGCGUGCAGAAGACCUGCCCCUUUAAAAACAGCAACGGCUCCACCUACUUCUACCUUCCUGGUGAGUCCUGGAAAGAACCCGGGAACCCAUGUGUGACUCAUAAGUGUGAGAGCUUCCAAGAUACUUUCAUGGUUGUGACGACGAAGCAAGAGUGCCCCAAGGUCAACUGUCCACCGGGCCAGGCUAAGCUGAGAGAAGAUGGUUGCUGCUAUGACUGUACCAUACCCCAGCAGAAAUGCUCUGUGCACCAUAGACAGCAGAUCAUCCGUCAGCAAAACUGCAGCUCUGAGGGUCCUGUGAGCCUCUCCUUCUGCCAGGGCAACUGUGGGGACAGCACCUCCAUGUACUCCCUGGAGGCCAACAUGGUGGAGCACAAGUGUGAGUGCUGCCAGGAGCUUCAGACCUCGCAGAAAAAUGUGACUCUUCUCUGUGAUGAUGGCUCCAGUCGUACCUUCAGCUUUACCCAGGUUGAGAAGUGUGGCUGCCUGGGCCAGCAAUGCCAUGCUCCAGGUGACACGAGCCACUUAGAGUCCUCAGGAACAGAGUCCAAGUCCAAGGAAAGUAAGGAACACAGCCAGCAGUCAGCAUUCAGGGCCAGUGAGGAGGUGUUUGGGCCUUCCCAGUAAACUGAGCUGCACUCCUCCCAACACACCACCAAGUCCUCCUGAGGCCAGCAGCACGUGAACUGUUGUUCAAGUGGUUCGAAUUCCGGGCUUCUACCUACCCACCACUUCCUCCUCAAUGGGGACAUCGAUCCCAGCUAUUCUUGAAGGUGGGAGAGGCCCUUAUUCACUGUUUAGGAGCAUGAGGAUGAUGGGAUGCUA